AUGGAUAUACGUAGAGCGGCACUACGACUGUCUAUGGUGGAAGAUAUGGCUAAUCUCUUACUCGCGACACGUGGAACGACCCCAACGAUUUGUGACUAUAGGAUCGAUUCGGACGAUAUAUAUAACUUUAAUGAGACGGGCUUUACGAUGGGCUUAACCGCGACCGCGGGAGUUAUUACGAGAGCGGAAUACUACGGUCGGCCCUCUGUUUUAUAG